CUCCUCUGUGCUAAUUAUUAAUUAACCUAGCUCUUCUUCCUCCUCCUCUCUCCUCUCCUAUAAUUUCUGCAGCUUCGAUUCCUACGUUGAGAUGGCGACUUCCUCCAGUCGCCGCCAUGCGCCGCCGCCGUCGGGUUAGCUGUCGGAGGAAGGGCUCGAGGUUGGAGAGGCAACAAUGGCGAUCGCUUCGCCGUUGUGGCGGCUGCUGAUGUUUCUUGCGUUCUUGCACGCCUGCGCGGGUGGUCAGGAUCACGGCGCCGCUGCCGCUGCCGCCGCCGUGGUGAACCUCUCGUCCAUCGAGGCCGCCGUCCGCGACCGCGCAUUCCAGCUGUUCCGCCGCACGAGCGAGAUCCUCGUCGUCGGCGACGUCCCGGUGCUCGCCGGCGCCGGCGUGGAGGCCUCGGCGACGCGCGUGCGCAGCAGCGCCCUGUGGGCCGACGGCGUCAACGCCACCGCGGCGGGGUUCGCCGUCCCGCCGCGCGUCGUCCCGGCGCCGUUCGCCCGCCGCGUCGCCAUCGUCUUCGUCCGCUUCCUCGGCGACACCUCCUCCUGGCUGUUCGCCGCGCCGGCCGGGUACGCGCUGGCCGCGCCGGUGGUCGGACUGCUCGCGUACGACGCGUCGGGGCCCAAUGGCGAGCUCGCGCUCCGGGCGCUCGGCGCGCCUGUCCGCAUCGAGUUCAGGGUGAACCUCUCGUCGGCGAAGGGGUUCAACGCCACCACUGCGAGGUGCCUGACCUUUGCGGCGGGCGGCGGCAAGGCCGUGGCGACGCACGCCGUCGAGGAGCCCGGGCCGUCGUGCGUGGUGUCCGGCACGGGGCACUACGGGGUGGCGGUGCAGGUGGAGACGCCGCCUUCGCCACCACCACCGCCGCCGCCGGUGAGGGAGAGGUGGUGGGUGUGGAAGGUCGGGGCUACCGCCGGUGGAGUGGUGGCGGCGAGCUUCUUGGUCAUCACCGUGGUCGCCGCCGUGAGGUGGAGCAGGAGGCGCCGGAGGGAGGAGAUGGAGCGGCGCGCGAUGUCGGGGGAGGAGCUGGGGAGGAUGGCGGUGCGCGGGAGCAGGAUGCCGUCGGCGAAGAUGGUGAGGACGCGGCCGGAGGUGGAGGAGGAGGGGAGCCCGCUGCCGUGGCGGAAGAGCUAGCGCCUCCGCCGUGAGUUGCACCGGCGCCGCCGCGUGUUUUGUUAAGGUGUCAUUUCAUUUUAGGCGUACCUUUUUUUUUCAGAUUAUUACGAGAUACCUGUACAGUACUUUAAAAAUCUCCAAAUUUUGUAGCGUGCAACUCAAACUCAAAUUCAAACUGGAAUGUACAUUGCAAUAGGUUUAUCAG